CUUGAUGUCGUCACCACGGCCCAACCGGUGCUCUAGUCUCAAACGUGAGAGAAGAAUGAGCGUCAAUGUGCAACUAGACCAGGUGUUCUGGGCGGUGGAAAAGCAGUCCCUCCCUCUGCUGCGGGAACACCUCCGCAUUGGCGAAAACCUCAUCAACGGUCACGGUGGCUCCUUCUACAUCACUCCUCUUCAUACUGCUGUACAACUUGGCUGGGUAGAUGGCGUCCAGGAGCUUCUGCAGCAAGGGGCGUCAGUGUCCAGUAGAAACCAGUUCGACCAGACGCCACUGCACUACGCCGUCGUUGCCCGACAUGAGGAAAUAACUGCAAUGCUCCUGGACCAUCGCAGCAGUGCGGGUGCCAUCAACUUGCAUGACAUGAGAGGCACGUCUCCACUACAUGAGGGAGCAGCCAGCUCCAAUGUAACAAUAGUCAACCUCCUGCUGGAGAGUGGAGCGAUGGUCAACACGAGAGAUAAACAAGGAGAGUCGCCAAUGCACAAAGCAGCAAAAGCUGGCGCCUUCAGUGUAAUGGUGGCACUAAUGCAGCGUGGUGCCGACCUGCGAAAAAAAGACUACCGAGGUGUGUCUGCCCUCAGGUGGCUCAUGCUUACCAACCCUGACGGUCUUCAGCGCUUGCUGGACCACCUGCUCACCACUAGUGUGGCAGGCAACCGACGAUCUCCGGUGACUUUUGAUUUCUCUGCGCUUAUCAAUGACCCUGGCACCCAGCAGUGCCAACUUCUAUCUUAUUUCGUCGAGACGGGCAACCGUGAAAUUCUAUCCCACCCCAUGUGUCAUGUUUUUCUACUCGUCAAGUGGAAAAGAGCAAGAAUCGUCUUCCUGGGAUAUCUGCUCUAUUUUGUGGUUUACGCGUUGUUGACAGGUCUCUUCGUGUUCAACCGGCUGCUCUGGAAUAACUGCAACCCGAACAACCAAACUGAACAGCAACAUCAGCAUACCACGUCAGCUCCUGACUUUUCGUGUAACCGGGAUGAGGCUGACCCUCUGCCUUACUUGUGGAUGAAGGUGUGUUUGUGUGUGCAGAUACUGAUAAUUUUACUAAGUCAGUUGAACCGCAUUAGAAUCCAAGGAAUUGCCUACAUAAAAGCUCCGAGUUUUAUUCAUAAUAUUGUUUUAGUUCUAUGUGUUUUGAGUUUAUUGGUUUCCUCUUGGCACCACGGACCUGCCAACAUCGCUUACUGGGAGCAUCAUGUUGCCACCAUCGUGUUCCUCCUUCUUCAGCUCCAGUUUCUUCUUAUCCUCCGCAAGUACCCUUCACAUGGUCUUUACGUUGCCAUGUUCAUCCGGGUGGCUGAGGAUUUCCUGAGGAUAUUUCUCAUUUACUGCACUCUGCUGGUGUGCUUCACUCUCACCUUGUACUUGGCUUUCAACGUGGAGAACCACCAUGACCCGGUGUACAAGGACGUUCAACUUCUCUUUCUCAAAAGUCUGACUAUGAUGGUUGGUUCGGUAGAUGUCAACGAUAAUAUGGUAAAUCUCCUAAAUAGCCUUCCCUACACUGGCUACUUGAUCUUCCUACUCUUCAUCCUCCUCAUCUCCAUUGUGUUGGCCAACCUGCUGAUAGCUCUGGCCGUCAGUGACAUACGGGAACUCCGCUCAUCGGCCCACCUCAUGCGUCUUGCCAGUAUGGUGGACGCCAUCAUAAGCAUCGAGCAACUGUGUGACUUCCCACUACUGAAGCACUUGGCCGAUUACUGUCAGCUGGAUACCCGGGCGUGCCAGGUGCGUCUUUGGCCACAGCAUGACACCCGCAGGCCCUCCGUGGUGGUGACGGUGCGAGAGGACCCCGUCUCCCCGCACAAAUGGCCCGGCUGCAUAGCCUGGCUCAAAGACCGCCUUCACCGCCGCCGCUAUGAAAUCCACAUCCCUGCCUCGCUGCAGGAGGAGGUUCUCAACAGGAUUUCAGCCAGAGACUACACGAUGGACUCUGACCUUAAGGGAAAUGAACAGGACACCAAGACUAUUUACAGUGAUAUCAUGAAAAGAUUGCGAGCUAUUGAAAUAGCAAUGACCCGUUAAACAUCAGGAAACGUAUAGGAUAUCUGUGUAAUUGGUGAAAGUGCAAGAUCAUACAGUCAAUUUACACUAUGCUGCUGUCGUUUAGCUGAACGUGGGCCUAUGGAGCUCACCAGGAGUAAAUAGAUAAAAGUAAUUUUUUACGAAGAGUAUUCCUCUCUCUCCAGAGUACACGAGUAGCCAAGAAUCUGAUAUAUAAUGAAAUAGUCCAUUGAUGAAGGAUGUCUUACUAGACACUAGAAUGAUUCCUGUUGGUGUGCUGAUAGUGUGGUGGUGUUUCAAGUUGAUCCAAGAGUAGGAGGUGGCCAGGAUCAGGAUCAGUGAACACAGAGCACAGUGACAAAUAACUAAAUAGUCUUAAAACAGCUCUUAGCAACAUAGACAGCGGCCCUAAGCCUAUUCAUUUUUAACCAUCUUUGCAGCAUGGUUAGGACGGAUA